AUGGUCCAGCUUUUUCACCAUCAAGCAUUAAAUCACUUAGUUCGCAGCAGUUUCACCACCCGUCAUUCUUAUACAGAGGUUUCUACUACAUCGCAAAAAAUUUGUGAUACAGUCCCCGGUUUUGUCCACCCGGAUGUGUUCGCAAAUACAGCCAGAGAUUCGGUUCAUCACCUGAUCCAUAAGUCUAUGUCACUGUAUGGUACCCAUCAUUCGAUUGUUUCCCGACUCAAGCCAUCUAUGAAUUCUUUUGAGCUACUCAACUUUCUACGAACAGCAUGCCCGCUCGGCGCCUCGAUAACUAUUCUCAUCACGCUCAUCACUUGUGUCAUUAUUGUCAAAGCGAAUGACAUUUACGUCAGUGGUCUAACGUGGCCAUUUUUAUCGGACAUGGGUCGAGACUACCCCGCAUACUAUGUAUUCACCACUGGUCUCACGACUGCUGCUAUCCUUCUCGUAAUCACGUGGACAUUUAAUUGGCAGUACCACAUGUCAACGCUGCCGGGAGAUGCCAAGAGACAUAGCACGCUGUCCACUAUUAGCUGUAUUGCUGGUAUUUUAGCUAAUUUGGGCCUCCCCGUCCUGGCUUUCUUUGAUACAUCCAGAUACUCUCAACUCCACUCUUUUGGUGCUCAGUGGUUCUUUUAUCUAGAGACCCUUGCUAUCCUUUUAAACACUAUUGUCAGCUAUAAAUUAUAUCAAGUGCUAACGGGAUUAAAUACGGACAUGGAACACUCAUGUUCAACUACGGGAGUCAAGCUUGAAAGAAGAAAAAAAACACUGACGAUCCAAGUGAUUUUCUUUUCGCUCUUUUUCAUGGCAUUUCUCAUUUAUAUGCCGAUCGGAAAGACCUUUUCACCUCCAGCGCCGCGUCUUUCGAUCGACGAUUGCAUUGAUAAAGGACUAGGCGAGGAAUAUUGCGAGAAGACUAUGCGUCUCAACUCGACGUCAACGAUCCUUUUCGAUAAUGCAUCAACGUAUGAGUCAAGUCAAAUGCGAGCAGCUGCACAACUUGUUUGCAUUCUUACUCUUGUUGGUUAUUCAGCUUCAUUUAUUACGAACGAUUACGACGAUACAGAAGGGCAAGACUUUACUCCAGAAGCCAAAAUUAUGGUGCUCUAG